UUUAUCUCACUUGAAAAGCGGUUGGGGCACCAUAACGGUAACUUGCGAUUCAUUUCUCUCCCUUCCCGAUUGCAUAUCACCAUCUUCACUCACCAAAUCACUCCAACACAACACUUUUCUCUGCACUUCAAACCAGGUUUUUCUUUAAUGUCAUAAAUGUGAAAAGAAAUGGACAAGGUUUAUGAAGAGCUCGAUGAAGCAAAAGCAAAAAUUGAGGAACUCAAGGAAGAACUAAGAGCCAAGACAGAUUCACUUGAGAACUGGAAAAAAUCCCACAAUGCACAGAUCAAUCAGAUACAGGAAGCAAAGUUCAAAGCUGAGAAGCUGGAUCAAACACUGCUUCAACAAGCAGAUGAAAUCUCCGAGGCAAAGCUGGUUUGUGAAGAUCUCAAAGGGAAGUUGACUAAAAAGGAGUCCAUCAUCAAACAUCUCAGUGCUGCAAAUGAUAAACUUCGAGUGGAUUGUGAUGCCAAGUUCAAAAAGUGGGAAGAAGAAAAAAGAGGGUUGGUGUUAGCCUUAGAGGAGGGAAAUGAGAAGACACAGGACCAUGAACAACAGAUUCAUCAAUACAAACAAGAAAUUGAAAGACUGAAAGGUUGUCUUUCAGUUUCAAAGGAGAAGUGUGUGGAGACACAAAAAAAAUUUAAAGCAUCCAAAGAAAUAAGAGAAAGAGAUGACAUGUUCCAGAAGUUAGAGGAGGAAUGCAGGAAGGCGGAAGAUCAAUUAAAAUGGAAGAAGGAACAGUUUAAGCAUCUAGAAGAAGCGCAUGAAAAACUCCGAGACCAGUUUAAGGCUAGCAAGAAGGAGGCAGAGGUGGAAAAAUCUACAUUGCUUGAUGGGAUUUCUUCACUUCAGACUAGGUUAGACUCUCAGAUCAGAGUAUCAGAGGAUUUACAACAUCAAUUACACACUUGCCACCAAGCUCUUGCUCAUGUGGAAAGCCAAAAAAAGUGUCUGGAAGUUGAAGUUUCAAAUCUUAAAGUGCAGCUUGAUAAUGCUAGCAAUGAGUACCAGGAUGCUAGGUUACAGCUAGAUUGCUUAAACACUCACUGCGACAAAGAUAUUGCAGAUUUGAGAUAUUUGCUAAAGACAAAAGAGGCAUAUAAUAAAGAAUCAAAGUACAGGAUUGAGAAGCUAGAGCAAGAAAAUCAAGAGCUGCGGAUGUCCCUCAAAGAACUCCAGGAAGCUCAAAUUCAAGAAGCAGGAACUUCAUAUUCGCAGUCAAAGUUGCGGUCCAAGCUCAGAAAUUUGGAACAAACUCAUAAAGAGUGUGCCUCUACUUUAAAGACUAAAGAAGCUGAAUGGAACUUUAAGAUAAAACAGUUGACAGAAAACCUGAAUAGAUGUCAGUCUGAUUUGGAAACUAAAAUUGAAGCAGUGGAAGACCUCCAGAUGGAGUUAGAAAGGUCUCAUUCUUUAGCCAUUGAGAUGAUGUUAUUGAAUGAGGAGAUUUCUGUGAUGCUGCUUGUGUUGAAACAGGGAACUUCUGAGGCUCAAUUGAAGCUUGCUGGCCAUAAAGAUGAAAUGGAUCUUAUCAGCAAAGCUAGUGAAGAGAAGAUUUUUCAACUAAUGAGGCAGUUGGAGAUGAAGGAUGCUGCUUUGAUCAGUGCCCAGAAAAGCAUAAAUGAAGAACGUGAGAUAGCAGCAUGUUUGAUGAAGCAGGUUGAGUCUUCUGUAUCCAACAAUGAACUGCAUUCACUGCAAAAUGAACUUGAUAGACACAAGGAAAUGCUGGAGGAAUCAAUAAGAAGUCAGCUGAUCCUCAAAGAGAACGUUUUGCAGAUGGAAUGUAACUUUAAAGAACAGUUGGAGAUGAAAGAUGCUGUUGUGAUCAGUGCACAGAAAAGCAUAAAUGAAGAACGUGAGGUAGAAGCAUGUUUGAGGAGGCAGGUUGAGUCUUAUGCAUCCAACAAUGAUGAACUGCAGCAGUCACUGCAAAAUGAAGUCGAUAGGCACAAGGAAAUGCAAGAGGAAUCAACGAGUCAGCCGAUCCUCAAAGAGAAGGUUUUGCAGUUGGAAUGUAACUUUAAAGAACAGCUUAAAGAAAUUCAUGAUGCUUUCGACAGUGUAAUCAUUGAAUUGGAUGAAACAAUAUGUGAAAGAAAUGAAAUGGAAUUUGAAUUGCAAAUAUGGAAGUCAAUUGUUGAGCACUUGAAGAAUGAUCUUGAAGAAAAUCAUGUGGUGCGUAGAGAACUGGAAUCUUCACUUCUUGCACAAGUAGAUUUUGGUGAAAGCCUCAAGCAUGAGAAAGAUAGCUUGGUUUAUAAGUUGGAAGAGAAAGAGAGGAGCCUAGAUUAUCUGCAGCGACAUGUUGUGCUAUUGGAACAUGAGCUAAUAGAAAGGGGAGAAUCAGCGGUGUCCUCUGAGUCAGAUAAUGUCAGAUAUCUCCAGAUCAUAGCGGAGAAGGACAAGAUUCUAGAAGAGCUUCAGAAAGAGGUUGUAUGGCUGGAACAAGAAUCAUUUAGAAAAGAAUUUGAAAGUGCUGUGAUUGAGAAAGGCACAAUGGAAAGAACCUUUGAGCAUGAGAAAGAUAAUCUUAUCCAGAUUGUGAAAGGAAAAGACAGGAGAAUAGAUGAACUCAUGCAGCAGGUGACUUCACUGGAGCAACAGUUCACUAACUCAUUGACCACCUUUUCUUCACAGCUUGCUGAGAAACAGGCUGAAAUUAACCUCAUCCAGGAAGCUUGUUACAAGAUCACAACAUCUCAGAUUCUAGCUGCACUUGAAAUUGAAGAGAAGAAGUUGAUGGUAGUGGAACUUGAGGAUGAUAUUCAUGCUAUACAGCAGAAACUGAAAUUGCAGGAGGAAAAGUGGAGCCCAUCAGAGCAACUUGCAUUGGAUACUGAAGUAGAAUUGGGUGCAAAACAGUUAAAGGCAAUGGAGUUGAAUGAUCAAAUGGAGUCUAAGCUAAGAAAAUCAGAUGCUUUGCUUCAUAAACUCAAGAUGGAGAAUAGAAAUUUACUUGAAAGUGCCACGAGACUGUCAUCGGAAAGGGAAAGCUUGUUGGCAAAUGUUCAGGGAUUCAGUGAUAAAAUCUGCGAGUUCUCUACUGCAGACACUAUACUAAUGGACAAGUUGAGAAGCAUGGUGCAGUCUUUUGAGAAUGGUUGUCCCGUAAUGAAGUUGAAAAAGGAUGAUGGUUUCCUUGUAAAAGAGAAUAAUAUGUUGAUUCAGUCUCCCACGAGGAUAAAGAAACUUGAAGCCAAUUCUGAUACUAGAUCACCAUUCAAGGAGCUAAAUUUGCUAGAAGAAUAGGAUGUGUGCAGUCUUGUAUUUUCAGCAAAAAGGUCAUGAUGCAUUGUGAAACAUGACCAUUCUUUGGAUUGUAUAUGGCAUUUAUUUAUUAUUUGUAUUCGCCUAUAUUUUUUUGUCAAUGCAGCUGUUCCACAAAUA